AUGCAACUUGAAAAUUCUCGCGCCGAGUCCCGGGCGGCACCUAUCAAACUUGACGAUGUCGCACAAGAGGUGCAAUUCUUGCCCGAAAAGACUUUGCAAGAUCUUGCUAAGGGCCAACUUGUCAAGCUAGCUUUGACCUGUGAAGAUCGUCCUAAAGUGGAUCGUGUCUGGCAAUCUCUGAUACUGACUGUGUCAACGCCUUCACUAUCAACAUUGCAUUCAGCGGCAGCUUGCAACGCCGUGUCCGCUUUUCUGGAUGCUGCGGCAACCUCCAAAAUCGAAGAGACUCGAAAGCUAGCUCUUUCACCAGAGACGUGGCUAGCUGUCUUCGAAGUAUUCAUGAGUCGAUAUGAAGACGCAAAGCCAAAACCCCUCAAGCAGCUCUUAGGCUCUCUGGUCACUCUGCUAGGGAAGCAUAUUCAUGGUGCUGAUGAGCAGCUGAUUGUGAAAGCCAUUGUGGACUCUAUCGUCCCAAGUAUCGUACUUGGUGAACCCAAAUCUCGAUUAAAAGCCUCAGUGGUCUGUUUCGAAAUGUGCAUCCGCAAAGGUUCUCUGUCAAGCACUGCCUUCAUAGGCUUAUUACAGGAAUGGCUUGAUGCCAACAAAGAGAGAUGGGUGUACGAUCUUGGAAAGGCUAAGGAGGCCGUGUUCUCAGUCAGUGCCUUGGACACUUCUACGGAGGUAUCAGAGGAAUUGGCGGCAAAGGUCUUUGUGCUGUGUCUUUUGACACAAACCAACAGUCGCGAGCUUUCUGGCGCAUGUGGGAAUGUUCUGGGCGCAUUUCUGCAGAAAAUGAAGGCUGAAAGCCCGGAAAAAAUUGUAUCGGCGAUAUGGCUAGCCCCUGUGCGAUACAUGAUGCUGCACGUCGCCGACAAUCUCGAAGCCAUGUCGACCCAAAUUCUCCAACCGGUGUUCUCCGCUGAUCCUGCUGGUUUCAUGGCUUUUGUGAACACACUACCUCUGCAAAGUGUUCUCAAAGGGAACAUGACUGAUGCAGAAGACAACGAGUACCUUCUUUUGUUCGCUGUCUUGCAAAUAGGCAAAAAGACCAAUCUCGUCCAUGAGGAUUAUGACGGCUCGAAACAAAGUGAUAUCAAAAGCGAUAGUUCACCGAGGCUUGUACUCAGAAGCGACGAACUGGGAAAGUUUCUGCUUCACAGGGAGCCAAACAUUCGGAUUGCAGCUUUAUCACUCCUCGUGACAGCAUUCUCAACCAUCAAGCCUUUCACUACUCUUGCCAUAGACUCAAUAAUGAGGGGUCUGCCAUCGAUGCACGCAGACUCAGACUCUUACAGCCGAGGUGAGAUCAUGAGUCUGACUAGAAAACUCAUCGUGCGGGUAAAGAGUGGCAUCCUUAUAUCGGUAGCGGACCAGGGCCACGAUAGCUCUACAUUGGCAAAUCCCAAUAUUCCAGCAGGUUUUGUGAAGAGCGACGAGGAGGUCACGGAAUUCUUGAAGAGAUACGUCGACUUCCUCAUGGGUGAUCUCGUCGUGACCGCAUCUUACCCUCGCCACAUUAGUGCCCUCAAAGGAUUGAAGCUCUUACUAGAAUCCAACCUUGACCCACGAACCAAUAUUCCACCAGCCAAAUCCGAGGUCGAAAGUCGGUGGAAGAGCCAUCUGGAAGUCUUCAAGCCUCAACUCCUUCGGCUUUUGGUGGACUUGCUACUCGAUCCUUUUGAGGAAGUUCGACACACUGCGCUCCUGCUCCUCAAUCACUUCCCCCGCGAAAUUUUGAUGAACGGUUUCGAAGCUCAGGGGAUUUCAGGUUCCUCUCCGGUCAUGGGCGUGGCACACGCGCUAUCACGCGCCGAACUGACCGCCAGCAAUACCAGUCGGGCAGACCAUGCAGAUACUGUAGCUCGCCUGUACCAUAUCAUCUUCUGCGCCGCAUUGCCAAGUCACCCUCUAUUGUCCAGCGAGAUGUGGUGGUCAAGCAAAGUCUCUGUUGUCAAUCACAUUUUGAGCAAAUUAGAGGAGCGACUCUCAUCUUCUAAGGGCCUCUUUAGCGCGACUUUGCGUGAAGCUCCUUUGCACGGUUACAUGUCUGGACUCAGAUAUAUUAUUUCAAUGCCGAACUUCCACAAUCUUCUUCUAGAUGGGCCAACAACCGAGUCAUGGAGGUCAAUUCAUGACCGUAUUCUCUUCAUUUGUAACAGAGUUUGGGAAGAGGUCAAACCUAUCCUGUGCAUCGACUCUCCAGAGGGCCACACGGAUGAUCCUGCCGAGGAUCUAGCAGUUGGACCAAAGGAUAUUCUUUCGUACUCAUGGAGAGCUCUUCGGGAAUCCAGCCUUUUGCUUCACGCUACUUUGUUAAAUACGACAUACGGACCGUCUGGUAAGGAUGGACUUCAGCUUGCCGACUUUGAAAACAUCGGUCGAGCAAGCUUCAUCCAGCUUGCCGAACUACGCCAUCGCGGAGCCUUUUCCACCGUAUCGCAAACAUUCGCCACCUGCUGUGAACGAUGUACGAGAUCGAGUGACCUAACAAUUCAAGAACUCCCAAGGGGUUGGUAUCAAGACGCAAGAAAGACUAUUUUCGAGUCUGCUUCCAAAUUGACUCGAAGGUCCGCCGGGUUGCCUGCACUUAUGACCGGAAUUCUGUGCUCUCUUCACCGCACACCUUUCUUUGCUGAUGCCAUGGAAGAUCUUCGCCAAAUCUCACGUCUUCCCGUGAAAUAUAACAAAGAGGAGCAGUAUUUGGAGCUUCCGCAGGUGCAUGCUAUGAAUUGCUUGAAAGACAUAUUCACCAAUACCAAGCUUGGUCCCUUUACAGAGCCUUUCAUAAUGCCUGGACUGACCCUUUCGGCGGAGACCCUUGGAUCACCAAUCUGGGCUCUUCGAAACUCUGGUCUCAUGCUUUUCCGUGCUCUCCUCACGAGAAUGUGCCGCAUGGUCCCCGGAGCCGUGGCCGGAUUCGGCGGUACGUCUGGGUCAGAGCCUGGCUCCAAGAUCUCUUUCCCCAAAUAUGCUGGUCUUUUCGAACUGCUGGCGGCAUUGCUCGCGUCUUCGGACGGCACAACUGCCCAAGAUGGCACGGACAUCAUAACCGAAAGAAUCUUUCCAGCGUUGGAGCUCAUUGGCGAAAAAGUACCUUCGGUUGGCGACGACUACGAUAUGCAGCUCCGCCAGCUUGUUCUGGUUCACUUCAAAAGUCCAGUAUGGGGUAUUCGCGAGCAUGCGGCUCGAGUCUACGCGUCUUUACUCACAAGAGAGAAUAUUGUUGAAGAUAUGAAAGAUCUGGUGAAUUUGCUCGACGAUGACGCAUCAGAGAACCUCUUACACGGCACAGCUUUGUGUGUCCGCUACUGUGUCCGGCGCUUCUCAGCUUCAACCAAUGCCUACUGGAAUAGCAAUCUGGGAGAUCUCCUUAGUGCGAUGCGCUUGGUGCUCUGCAAACUUUUCACAGCCGCUAGAUCGCCCGCUGUGGCAACGUGCCUGAUUCAAACAAUGAACGACAUAAUCGCUCGUGGCAUCGCUGCUCAAACUGAGGACCGCCUCGUAAUUUUCAUUCUGGGAAUUUCCGAAGAGCACGAUAUUGACGGCAUCUUGAGUCACCACUUCGAUGCUAGACAACCAGGAUGGAACCUUGUCAGUCGUACUCGAGCAUCUGCCCUCCUCAGGAGAGCUUUGGCCUGGUUUGUAUUGCUCAGGACACUCAUCUCACGGUCUUGGACCGAGAUACCUGCAUUCUUCACCAGUGUCUCACAAUUCGACGUUGAUGUCAGCUGUUGGAUUUUACAGCAGCUGCCGGAAGUUACCGCUGGAAACGACAGGUAUACCACACCACUGAGUGGUCUCUACUGCGCAGUAAUUCUGGGUGACUAUUCAAGCGAAGCAAAGUCACUUGCGUCUGUUAACUUGGCAAUCAUUGUCGAGAAGUUACUGGCUACGUCAGAACGAGAGCUCCAUGCAUUGCAUCUGCCUUGCGAUCAGCUCCUGAGCCAUUUCAGGCCUGAGGUGGAUAUACAAAAAUGGAACAGACAGUCUACGGAUUCAGAAAUUCGUCUUACGGGGUGCCUCUUGGCCAUCCGAGCUCAACGGCCCCCAGAAAACUCGAGUCUUAACGUAUUGGUCGUGUUGCGUUGCUGGAUCCUCAAGCUCCGUCACGCACUCAGUGAGGAAACUGAAUUCACAACCCGACAUGCUGCUGCGGUUUCUGUGCAAAGCUUCUCACGAUUUCUUCGUGAUGGGAUACACGAACCACGAACCGAUGAAAUCCUACUUGAGGUUUAUCUUGUUCUCUAUGAUUUGCUCAAUGAUGAUGAUGAGGAGCUCCGAGACAUCGCCGCAUCUACCGCAUCGCGAAUUUUCUCUGGGUCUUCGAUCUCUCCAUCGGCUGCCCUUGCCCUCGGUCCUCUGAAUGCCAGCGAGACAUUGUCACACUUCAUAACAGAUCAUUACUCCGACUCGAUGUACCUUGCCCGUCGGGUCCUGGAAUAUCUCACCGGCCAAGAGCCUCACAUCAGCGGUUCUGACAUGCAACAUCGCCUUACUUCCGUCUCUGUUUUAAUGGCCCAGUACCGACAGGAAAGUCACGUCCUCUUUGUGGAGGAGAAACAGAAUCUUUUCAUUGAUGAAGUACGCGAGGUCGAUCUAUGGUGCCCAGUGCUCUUGCAGCUGAAGCGAAAUGCCUAUCCUCACACACAGACACGUCACGUUGCGACUUGGGCAUCGGAAGGCCUGGAAUACCUCAUCGAGGUGAUCAAGCACGACAACGAAAUGGAUGGGUUGCUGGGUUGGACUUCCAAGCCGGAAGCUUUUGCUUUGAUUGUGCGAGUUAUCAGCAUCGCCUCUGCACUUUCAUCGAACGAUUUCCGUGCACCCAAGGCUCUAGACGCGUUUCCGGUGAUCUUGCAACAACAAUUGCAAUCUCUUCUAGAUGUCGGCAGAAAUGUUUCUCUCCACGAGAAUCUUUUGUGCAGGAUUCAAGGGGCACUCGGCAAGUUGAGCGCGGGUGGGCAACAAUAG